AUGAGGACUUUGUUGGCUCUAGCCAGCACUGGCCUGGCCCCUCUGGCGUUGGCCAAGCAAGUCCACUUUGAUCUUGACUUGACUUGGCAAAAGGGUGCCCCAGAUGGCAAUGUUCGAGAGAUGGUGUUUAUGAAUGACCAAUUCCCUGGUCCAGAGCUACGAUUAGAACAAGGUGACGAUGUUGAAGUGGUUGUUCACAACAAUCUUCCUUACAAUACCUCACUUCACUUCCAUGGAAUUGAGCAGCGAGGUACACCGUGGUCUGAUGGUGUCCUUGGACUUACCCAGAAGCCAAUUCAGCCGGGUCAUAGCUGGACAUAUAGGUGGAAGGCAACUCAAUAUGGAACCUACUGGUAUCAUGCUCACGCUCAGGCCGAGCUCAUGGACGGGCUAUACGGACCCAUCUGGAUCAGUCCGGCUGCCGGAACACCCGAUCCUUUCCAUUUUAUCUCAAGCAACCCUGCCGAUAUCAAUGCAAUGAAAGCCGCAGAGAAGAACCCACAACUUGUUAUGCUGUCUGAUUGGGAUCACCUUACCGCAGCUGAGUAUCAGAAGGCUCAAGAAGAUACUAGUGUCAACAUAAUAUGCUCUGACAGUAUCCUUGUCAACGGUCGCGGGUCUGUGUAUUGUCCUGGCACUGCAAAUAUUUCCAGCGUUGAGCUACCGUACCUAAGCACUGCAAUCAACAACCAGCCUUUGACAGAUAAAGGUCUCAAGCUUAUUAGUGCGGCUGCACUGAAGGCAUUGAUGUUCUCCAUCGAUGAGCACCCAAUGUACAUCUAUGAGGUUGAUGGCGCAUACAUUGAGCCGCAACUUGCAGAGACGUUUUCUAUUUUCAGUGGAGAGCGCUACGCUGCAAUGAUCAAGCUGGACAAGCCCCCAAAAGACUACACCAUCCGCAUUCCCGACACACAGGGUGACCAAGUCAUCUCCGGUUUUGCCACUAUGCGAUACAAAGGCUCCGAUAAUACCAGCCCCUCCGCUCCCUAUGUGGACUAUGGUGGCAGAAACACAUCUGCCUCGGUUGUGCCUCUGAAUAACAGAGCUAUUCAACCGUAUCCUCCUGUGUCGGUCCCUCGCCACGCUGAUCAACUGGUCAACUUAACCCUUGGUCGUUGGGGCUCAUCUUACACUUGGACCGCCUCUGGAGGUCCUCUCUACGACAUGAUGGCUAAUUGGGAUGACCCUAUUCUCUAUGAUCUGAAUGCCAAGAAAAACCUUGCCAGCCAAGUCACCAUCCAGACUAAGAAUGGCACCUGGGUGGAUUUACUUCUUCAGCUAGGUAACAUGCCAAAUACGCCAGCCACUCAAGCGCCGCAUGUCAUGCAUAAGCACUCCAACAAAGCUUUCAUUCUCGGCGUUGGUCCUGGUACCUUCAACUGGGCAACCACUGACGAGGCGAUCGCUCAACACCCCGAAUUCUUCCAGCUGGAUAAUCCUCAAAUGAGGGAUACUUUUGUCACUCAGGGUGCCAACGGUCCGACUUGGAUGAUCAUCCGAUACCAGGUUGUGAACCCUGGUCCUUUCCUCUUUCACUGUCACAUUGAGACGCACAUGUCCAAUGGCAUGGCGGUCGCGUUGCUCGAUGGUGUUGAUGCGUGGCCACGGGUUCCAGCCGGCGAAGAUCAAAGUCCAGAUGCUGGCCAAGGUUCUGGUCAGGGUGCCAGUCAAAGUCAAGGCGGGGGUCAAGGUCAGGCUUCCGGUCAAGACCAGACUUCCGGUCAGGGCCAGGCCUCUGGUCAAGACCAGGCAGGGGAUCAAGAAGAGAGUGCGAGUAUGAGUUCGUUCUGGUCGAGCCACGCCCAGACACCCACACCGGGCAGUGGAACAGCAGCUUCAACUCCCCUCGCGACCCCAAGUGCCCCGCAGACGCCUCAGCAGUCGUUUACAACCUCUCCCAAACCUCCUCCUCAGAACCCUCAGUCAACUAAAAGCCCCCUGCCAUCUCCGGCUCAAGCCACCCCUCCCACACCACCGGAAGCCACAUCCGAGAUUGAGGACUAUGGCGAGUGGCACCAGGUUCGCCACGGACUCAUGAAGCUUAUUGGUCAAAAGAUUUCUGAGCGAGUUGAAGAGUCUGAUCGCGACAUCUAA